AUGAUGAUGAUGAAACCAACGACGACGACGUGUUCUUCCUCCUCCUCUGUUUCCUCCUCGUCGUCGUCCUUGUCGUCGUCCUCUCUGUUGCGUUCUUCUAAAUCGUUUUUUGGUAAGACUUCUUCUUCGACGCAAAAGUCGUUUUCCAAGAGCGCUUCUUUCAAAUCAUUUUCAUCGUCAUCAUCAUCUUCGGGAAGAAGAAGAAGAAGAAGACAAAGAAGCUCUCGAGGAGGAGAAGGACAAGAUGUGGUUGUUCGCGCUGCUCAGUCGUCGAAAGAUAACGAAGAUGAAGAUGAUGACUACGAAACAGAAGAAGAAGAACAGUACGAGUGGGAAGUGGGAGGACCGAACGAUGUUCCAAUCCCUCACCUGAUGAACAUAUACAAAGGCGAGAAACCUUUGAAACCGUUGCAAACUUCCUUCUGCGCGCCACAUUCGAAGACGUGUUUGCCGAGGCACAAUAAAACGACGACGAGAAGGUAUUUUCGCAGCGAUAAGAAAUCGAACGUGAAAUUCUUCGUUGACCCGGGAGAUCGGGUGGUUUUACACUCGUUGGCGUUCGCGACGUCGUUGUCGCCGGAUUCCACGUGCGAAUUGCCGACGGAAGCGGACGAAGGAAUGUCUUCUUCUUCGUCUUCGUACGAGAACACGUCGAGUUGUACGUUUACGCCGCAGUGGGUGGUUCGGGCCGGGCCGAGAGAGAAGGUGUAUUUUGCCCCGGAGGAAGUGCACGCGGCGAUUGUCACGUGCGGUGGGUUGUGUCCGGGGAUUAACGACGUCAUUCGAUCCAUCGUCGGGACUUUAGAGGAAGGCUACGGGGUGUCAAAGAUUUCAGGCAUUCGAUAUGGGUUCAGCGGGUUUUGGGAGGAAGGUUUUGAGAACAUAGAAUUAUCGAAGAAAGCGGUGAGGAAAGCGCACAAGCAAGGCGGGAGUAUCUUAGGAUCAGCUCGAGGCGGUGGUGACGUCGAUAAGAUUGUCGACAGCAUUUUAAGACAAGGGAUCAACAUGCUGUUUGUUAUCGGCGGAAACGGGUCCCACGCCGGCGCGAAUGCCAUCUCCGCCGAAUGCGCGAGAAGAGGAAGUUUAGUCUCCGUCGUUGGCGUCCCGAAAACGAUCGAUAAUGAUAUUUUACUUUUGGAUAAAACCUUCGGUUUCGAUACCGCGGUUGAAGAGGCGCAAAAAGCUAUUCAAGCGGCUACGAUUGAAGCGCAAUCUGCGCUGAGAGGGGUUGGCGUCGUGAAACUCAUGGGCAGACAAUCUGGAUUUAUUUCCAUGUACGCCACUUUAGCCUCCGGUGAUGUAGAUAUUUGUUUGAUUCCAGAGGUGGACUUUGACGUCCACGGAGAAAACGGCGUCAUCGAGCACGUGAAGGAUCUUUUAGACGAGCAAGGCCACUGCGUCCUCGUCAUCGCGGAAGGCGCCGGGCAAGAGUUCGUAAAAGUCUCGGGCACGGACGCAGGCGGAAACCCUCUCCUUGGUGAUAUUGGACCGUGGUUGUGCAAAGAAAUCAAAAAAGAAACGAAAUGCGACGUAAAAUAUAUCGAUCCAACGUACAUGGUUCGCGGUUGCGUCGCCAACGCGCACGAUGCGAUCAUGUGUAACGUCUUGGGUCAAAACGCAGUCCACGGCGCGUUUGCCGGCUUUACCGGAAUCACCAUCGGUUACGUAAACACGCACUGCGUAUACCUUCCCAUCCCGAUGAUUAUCGAGAAAGAGCGAUUGGUCGACCCGAAAGGAAGGAUGUGGCACAGAAUGUUGACGAGUACUGGGCAACCCGAUUUCAAAGAAUACGAAGACGACGAAGACGAAGACGCGUCCAAGGAGAACAACAUCCCGGACAAGGAGAUCUUCGAACCCGUGCGUUGA